UGAAACAUUGUUCUUUUUGUUUUAUGAUUUUUAUUGUCAUGAAAAGAAACAUUUUAUGCCCAUCCAUAUAUCUGACAGAACUCAAUGAGUAAAGCUAGAGAGGCUGGAACAUCGGCCAUGUGGGAUAGAGAAGUUACUAUAAUCUUUUGUGAUUUAUGUGUAAGGGAGGUUGAGGUGGGAAAUAGACCCACUACAUUUUUUAACAAAGCAGGGUGGCGAAAUAUUUUAGUUAAAUUCAAAGAAAUGACUGGAAGAGAUUACGAUCGCAUGAAAAUGAAGAACAAAUGGGAUCAGUUAAAGAAGGAUUGGAAACUAUGGAAAGAACUAAAACAGGGAUCAACAGGAAUGGGCUGGGAUCCUGUUAAGCGCACAAUAGAUGCACCAGAGGAAUGGUGGGCUGAAAAACUACAGGCAGUGCCGUCAGCCAAAAAAUUUAAAUUUGUUGGCAUUGAUCCAGUAAUGGAGGAAAAACUAGAUAGAAUGUGA